ACUUGUGCUCUUGCCAUGUUGAGGAUUGAAAGAUGCUCAAAAAUGAUAAAGGAGCAAAGUAGAGAAAUAUAAAGGAAAUAUGGAUUCAGGUCUUGGUGGAUAAACCUAAACUCGGGACGAGUGGGAUUGUUUUCUCUUCCUGAGUCUGUCUCAAAGGGAAUCAACCUGCUUGAAUGCCGCUCUGCACCGCCAACAUGGCAGUUCUGGACCAAGACACCUCCAAAGAUUUAGUGGGGGGAGAUGGUCUCCCUAAGCUGCCACUCCCCGCCCUGAAAGACACACUGGACAUGUACCUGAGGUGUAUGAAGCACCUGCUCACAGAGGAACAGUUUAACAAGACCCAACAUAUAGUGAAGGAGUUUGGAGCACCUGGAGGAGUGGGGGAGCUACUACAGAGCAAACUCAUGGAGAGGAGGGAGAACAAGGCAAACUGGGUGUAUGACUACUGGCUGAAUGACAUGUACCUGAACAACAGACUGGCUCUGCCUGUCAACUCCAGUCCUGUGAUGGUCUUCCCACUGCAGAACUUCAGGGCUCCCAUUGACUCUUUACGGUUUGCUGCACACUUAAUUUCUGGAGUUUUGGAGUACAAGACUCUUCUUGAUGCACGUGCCCUGCCUUUGGACUACGCCCGGGGCCAGCUGGCUGGAACCCCUCUAUGUAUGGAGCAGUACUAUCGCCUCUUCACAUCCUACCGCUUACCAGGGCCUGAGAGGGACACACUGGUGGCCCAGGAGAGCAGCGUAAUGCCAGAACCUGAACACAUCAUAGUGGCUUGUAAAAACCAGUUCUUUGUGCUGGAUGUGGUGAUCAACUUCCGCCGACUGAAUGAAAGAGACCUGCUGACUCAGCUGGAGAAGAUCGCCAGGAUGGCUGACAGUGAAGAAGAACAGCUCCCACCUAUCGGUCUCCUCACUUCAGAUGGACGGACAGAGUGGGCCGAGUCUCGUAGUGUGCUUAUGAGAGAGUCUACUAACAGGGACUCUCUGGACAUGAUCGAGCGCUGUAUGUGUCUAGUCUGUCUUGAUGAGGCCACUGAGCCUGAGUUAAGUGACAGCACACGUGCCAUGUUGAUGCUGCACGGCGGAGGAGUGGCCAAGAGUGGGGGCAACCGCUGGUACGACAAGCCCAUGCAGUUUGUCGUAGGAGCUGACGGCUGCUGUGGAGUCGUGUGUGAACACUCGCCAUUCGAAGGAAUUGUCCUUGUACAGUGCACAGAGUAUCUACUCAAAUACAUGAUUGGCAGUCCAUCAAAGCUGGUCAGGGCUGCGAGUGUGAGUGAGCUGCCUGCACCACGCAGACUCCGCUGGAAAUGUACUCCAGAGAUUCACAAACUCCUCGCCUCUUCUUCUGACAAGCUACAGAGGCUGGUGAAAAACCUGGACAUGAAUGUCCACAAGUUCUGGGACUAUGGUAAAGAGUUCAUCAAGAAGCAGAAAAUGAGUCCCGAUGCCUUCAUCCAGGUUGCCCUUCAGUUAGCCUACUAUCGAUGUCAUGGCAGACCAGUGUCGACCUAUGAGAGUGCUUCUAUACGCCGUUUUCAGGAAGGCAGAGUCGACAACAUCCGCUCAGCCACACCAGAAGCCCUGGCUUUUGUCAAAGUCAUGACUGAAGGGGAACUAAGCACAAAUGAUACAGAAAAGAUGGAGAAGUUACGAGGUGCCAUAACUGCACAGACAAAGUAUACUAUUCUGGCUAUUACAGGAAUGGCAAUAGACAAUCACUUACUAGGACUACGUGAAAUUGCACAUGAGCUGAAGAUGGAGAAGCCAGAAAUAUUCAAAGACAAAGCCCAUCUCAUCUCUAAUCAGUUCAUUCUCUCCACAAGUCAGGUUCCUACUACUGUUGAGAUGUUCUGCUGCUAUGGACCAGUGCUUCCAAACGGAUACGGAGCUUGCUACAACCCUCAGUCAGACCACAUUAUCUUCUCUGUGUCCAGUUUCCAUGAGAGCCCACAGACAAGUUCAACAGCGUUUGUUAAGUGUCUGGUGCAGGGACUACUGGACAUGAAGGAUCUGUGCAGUAAAUGCAACUUCAGCUCCAAUCUGACUGCACAAAGACAGGUUCAGACGGUGGAGACGCACACACAAACAGAGAUAAACUGGCAAAACAAAACGCCACAGAGGACAGCUGACCUGACCAAGAGUAAGCAAACACUGCCACAGGUUCUGCUGAAGACACCAGACCUGACUAAAGUGGAGGCUCAAACCCAGACUUCAUCACAGGGAGAGGCACAAGCUAUAUAUAAGAAUGGAGGUAAAUCAUAGAAAACUGUCAGUGCCAGUGGAAAUAGUGAUGUUGUGAUUGUUGUGUUUCUGUGCUGCAACAACAUAUUGUUCUUUGGUCAUUUACAAAAUAUACACUAACUGUGAUACAAAAUGUUAUGUAAAAAUGUUUUGAUGUUUCUGUAUUGUAAACGUAUCCAGUGCUGCUGAUAAUCUAAUCUAUUCUUAGAGAAUACUAGAAAUACUUGAAUAUUAUAGAGGACGUAUUCUGCUGUUGACAAAAAAAAAAAAAAAAUCCAUUAUACAGCAGUUAUUUAAAUGUCUGUCAAAAUGGACACUGUGCGUAGAUAAAAUUUCAAGCCUAAUUUUAGCUUUUGAUUGUUGUGUUGCACUAAAUUGAGAUGGAUCAGCCAAAGAA